GUAAAUUACCGGUAAAAAACGCGUCAAUGACCAAGCCUGUUUUACCAUACCGGUCAGAAAAAUGCUGAUCUCUGAUUGGUUAAUACAUGUCCAAUCACAGUUUAGAAUUCCCAACGGCAUACAACUGUUUAUUUGUUCUAUCAGAUAAGGAUUUUCAUUGAGAACUUGGUGCAAUGGGGGAGAACAAAUCAAUAUAUAAACAUUUCUCUGCAUUACCUCUGCAACCUAACCAAAAAUUAAAAUCGUAUUCAUGUAACUAUUGCAAGAAAAAGUAUGCAGAAAACAUUACUCGCAUGCGAAAACAUCUUUAUAAAGAGUGUAGAAGUUGUCCUCAAGACUUACGGAAACUUUUAAAACCAUGUAAACCUCGUAAACGAAAUAAUUCUCAUCUAAACAGCACAGACGACUCAUUUACUAUUGAAGAUUUGAAUGAAGCAGACAAUAGAGCAAGUACUUCAAUGAUUUCAAAUGAAAAUUUACCAAAUAAUAUAAGUGUUUGUAGCAAUAACUAUAAAAAAAAUACAAUCGAUAGUUUUUGUGAUAAAAUGUCAAAAAAAGAUGAAGAUUCUCUACAAGAACUACUUGCAGAAGCGAUUUAUGCAUCUGGUACACCAUUAUGUAUAACAGAAAAUCCAUAUUGGCUAAAAUUUUUUAACGCAUUACGGCCUUCAUUUAAUUUGCCAUCAAGAAAUCAAAUAUCAAAUAAUCUUUUAGAUUCAGUAUUCGUUAGAACACAAAAUAUGGUUAAUGAAAAAAUUGAAUCUGCUACUACUGUUGGAGUGCAAUGUGACGCAUGGUCUAAUAUUCGCAAAGAAGGAAUCAUCAAUUUAUUGUAA